CUUAAUUUUGUCAUUUUUCUAUCGUAUUUUCUGGGCUUCCAAAAGGGCGAAUACGCGUAGCAAAUCAAAGACCCAGCCAAAGUCAAAAUGUAAGAUCCAAACAGGGUCUUCAUUCAAAGCUUGCUCGAAUUGGUAACAGAGGGCAGAAGGUUAGAAGAAGGGAAGAAGAUAUUCAAAUAUGCGAAUCUUUUAAACCGUGUUUUUUUCGUUCGGGUUCCCAUAUUUUUGGGCAUUAGAACGACACUUUGUUUGUAUUGGUCCCUUUUCAUUAUUACAGAACCUGUUUCUGCAAACUAUUCAAUUUUAGGACGGAAUACGUGUGGAUUCCGGUGUCUGAAUCUGUGUGCUCUCAUUUUCCUAGCUUGAGCUUUUUAAGAGCUGGGAUUCUCUCAAUUUCCUUUUUUUUUUUUGGGUUUCUGUGUUCAUAUUUUCUUCCUUCAUUCAAUUUUUUAAGGUGUCCUGGGUUUUGAGUCUCUCUGCUCUGGUGUUCUCCUUGUAGAAACUACAUUUCUGAAGUGAAUUUUCUAGCCAAGAUCACAGCUUUAGCUGUUCUUAACUGCCGUUUCUUCUAGUUUUGGAGGUCUUGUUUACUGGGUGAUUGUUUCUUUUGCUUUUAAUCCUUGAAAAGAAUGCAUUCACCAGGGAAAAAUUUUCUGUGCUAAAAGGAGAAGUUUUUUGGGUGACCUCUUCUGCUAGAAAUGGGUGGUGGAAGAAGGAAAAAGCUGCUUCUUAGCAAGAUCUAUCCGUUUACAUGUGGGAAAGCAUCAUUCAGGGAUGAUCAUUCACAGAUUGGGAGGCCUGGAUAUUCCAGGGUAGUUUUCUGUAACGAACAGGACAACUUUGAGGCCGGAAUCCGCAAGUACGCCGAUAAUUAUGUCAGUACUACAAAGUAUACUCCUGCUACUUUCUUGCCCAAAUCCUUGUUUGAGCAGUUUAGGAGGGUGGCAAAUUUUUACUUCUUGGUUGCUGGAACCUUGGCCUUCACUCCUCUUGCUCCAUAUUCCGCUGUCAGUGCUAUCAUCCCCCUAAUAGUUAUUAUUGGUGCAACAAUGGUGAAAGAGGGUAUUGAGGAUUGGCGGAGAAAGCAGCAGGAUAUUGAGGUGAACAAUAGAAAGGUCAAAGUACAUCAGCAUGAUGGGAAAUUUGCUUAUACUGAAUGGAAGAAUCUAAGAGUGGGAGAUAUAGUGAAGGUGGAGAAGGAUGAAUUCUUUCCAGCAGACCUCCUCUUGCUUUCAUCUAGUUAUGAUGAUGCAAUCUGCUAUGUUGAGACCAUGAAUCUUGAUGGUGAAACAAAUCUGAAACUAAAACAAGCACUAGAAGUAACUUCAUCCAUGCAUGAAGACUCUCACUUCCAGAACUUUAGGGCUACCAUUAAAUGUGAAGACCGAAAUGCAAAUCUGUACUCAUUUAUUGGAGCCAUGGAGCUUGAAGAGCAACAGUACCCCCUUUCAGCUCAACAACUUCUCCUCAGAGACUCCAAACUUCGAAAUACAGAGUUCAUAUAUGGUGCUGUUGUCUUCACUGGUCACGACACAAAGGUGAUUCAGAAUUCUACUGAUCCCCCUUCAAAGAGAAGCAGAAUUGAGAAGAAGAUGGAUCAUAUCAUCUACUUCAUGUUUUGUGCACUAUUUACAAUCGCAUUUGUUGGUUCAAUCAUCUUUGGUGUUUUAACUAAAAAUGACCUGGAAAAUGGGAGCAUGAAGAGGUGGUACCUUAGACCAGAUAGUUCUACAAUCUACUUUGACCCUAAAAGAGCACCUGUUGCAGCAAUAUAUCACUUCCUUACAGCCCUACUACUGUAUAGUUUCUUGAUUCCUAUUUCCUUGUAUGUGUCAAUAGAAAUUGUCAAAGUUCUUCAGAGCAUUUUCAUCAAUCAAGAUCUUCAAAUGUACCAUGAGGAGUCUGACAAACCAGCACAUGCCCGUACAUCUAAUUUGAAUGAAGAGCUGGGUCAGGUUGACACAAUACUGUCUGAUAAGACUGGAACUUUGACCUGCAACUCAAUGGAGUUCAUCAAGUGUACUAUUGCUGGGACAGCUUAUGGUCGAGGGGCAACAGAGGUUGAGAGGGCCAUGGGUAGAAGGAAAGGUUCACCCUUGGGUAAUGGAAAAGUUAAUGGUGUGACCAACACUCUGGAUUCUACUGACACAAAGCCAAUAGUUAAGGGCUUUAACUUUAAGGAUGAAAGGAUUAUGAAUGGAAACUGGAUUAAAGAACCUCGAGCAGAUGUCAUCCAGAAGUUCUUUCGUCUGUUGGCAGUUUGUCAUACAGCAAUACCUGAAGUCGAUGAAGAUACGGGGAAGGUUUCUUAUGAGGCUGAAUCACCAGAUGAAGCAGCAUUUGUGAUUGCAGCAAGAGAAGUUGGCUUUGAAUUCUACAAAAGAACGCAAACAAGCAUCUCAGUAAAGGAGCUAGACCUAGUGUCUGGCAGGAAAGUUGAAAGGUUGUAUAAACUUUUGAAUGUUCUAGAAUUUAACAGCACCAGGAAACGGAUGUCUGUAAUUGUUAAAGACGAGGAGGGCAAACUUCUAAUCCUUUCUAAAGGAGCUGACAGUGUAAUGUUUGAAAGACUUGCCGAAGGUGGAGAGUUUGAAGAGAAUACAAUGGAACACAUGAAUGAGUAUGCUGAUGCAGGCCUCAGGACACUAGUACUUGCAUAUCGGGAACUGAGUGAAGAAGAGUAUAAUGAGUUCAACCAGAAAUUUUCAGGGGCCAAAAAUUCAGUAAGUGCAGAUCGUGAAACAUUAAUUGAUGAAGUUGCAGAGAAGAUUGAGAGGGAUCUGAUCCUCCUUGGUGCUACUGCUGUUGAGGAUAAGCUCCAAAAUGGGGUUCCUGAUUGUAUUGAUAAGCUUGCACAAGCAGGCAUUAAGCUUUGGGUUUUGACAGGAGACAAAAUGGAAACUGCCAUCAAUAUUGGCUAUGCUUGUAGUUUGCUUAGACAAGGAAUGAAGCAGAUCAUAAUCAAUCUAGAUUCUCCAGAAAUCCAAGCAUUGGAGAAAACCAGAGACAAGGCUGUCAUCACUAAGGCAUCAAAAGAAAGUGUUCGAAAUCAGUUAAUGCAACGGAAAGUUCAACACACUGCAUCAAGUGCAAACCAUGAUGCAUUUGCUUUAAUCAUUGAUGGGAAAUCACUUGCUUAUGCUCUAGAGGAUGAUAUGAAGCAAAUGUUUUUAGAGCUUGCAUUGGAGUGUGCAUCUGUCAUUUGUUGCCGUUCUUCACCAAAACAGAAGGCGCUGGUGACAAGACUUGUGAAAACUGAAACUAGGAGAACAACAUUAGCUAUUGGAGAUGGUGCUAAUGAUGUAGGAAUGCUUCAAGAAGCAGAUAUUGGAGUUGGAAUCAGUGGAGUUGAAGGAAUGCAGGCAGUGAUGUCAAGUGAUAUUGCAAUUGCUCAGUUUCGGUAUUUGGAGCGGUUGCUUCUUGUGCAUGGACAUUGGUGUUAUAGGAGGAUUUCAACAAUGAUAUGCUACUUCUUCUACAAGAACAUUGUAUUUGGCUUCUCUCUCUUUUUAUAUGAGGCACAUGCAUCAUUCUCAGGAGAACCUGCAUACAAUGACUGGUAUUUGUCACUUUAUAAUGUCUUCUUCUCAUCACUUCCUGUUAUUACUCUGGGUGUUUUCGACCAGGAUGUGUCUGCACGGUAUUGUCUCAAGUUUCCUUUGUUAUACCAAGAAGGGGUGCAAAAUGUGCUAUUCAGUUGGCGGCGAAUAUUUGGAUGGAUGUUCAACGGGUUAUGUAGUUCCAUAAUUAUUUUCUUCUUCUGCUCCAAAGCAAUGGAGCACCAGGCCUUCAACGGUGACGGGAAAACCGUUAGUAGAGAUAUCUUAGGAGGGACAAUGUAUGCUUGCGUUGUCUGGGUUGUGAACUUGCAGAUGGCACUUGCAAUCAGCUACUUCACCUUAGUUCAACAUAUUGUCAUUUGGGGCUCAAUUGCUUUCUGGUAUCUGUUUCAAGUGGUGUACGGUGCCAUGCCUGUUAAUUUCUCCACCAAUGUCUACAAAGUCUUUGUUGAAGCACUUGCCCCUGCUCCUUCUUACUGGCUCAUUACAUUGUUUGGGGCAAUCACAGCACUAAUACCAUAUAUCUUGUACUCAUCAAUCCAGAUGCGGUUCUUCCCUAUGUAUCAUGGAAUGAUACAGUGGAUAAGGCAAGAUGGUCAAUUAAAUGACCCUGUGUAUUGCGAAAUGGUGCGGCAGAGAUCAAUCCGGCCAACAACUGUGGGAUUCACAGCACGCAAAGCGGCAAAUUCUGGUCGCUUCGAAUCUAGGAAUCAGCAGUUGUCGCCUUCCUAGGUAAUUUAUUUGCUGACAGACUUGAACCAACAAUGAAACAUUUCAUCUCCUACGUCAACAUGGGUGUAUGACAUGAGCCUGUACGAGGUCACCACGUGAUUUUCAUAGGAAGAAGAAAAUGUAUAGAAUCAUGGGCUCACUGUUAGCAUUUGUGGAUGAUAGAAAUGCCCUGAAAUUGUAAAUUAUGGUUCUCGGGGAAUGGGGCUGCAUGUAUUUUUCCGGCUGGUUGCUGUACCUGCAUCAUGUGUAAUCUUUUUGAGAUAGUAUGUUAAGUACAUAACAUAGAUGAUUCAUUGUAGAUUCCGCUGGCGGCUGUCACUUUUUUACAAAGAAAAUUAAUAUAGUUCCAAUUUUCAU